CGGGACGAGAGAUAGUGUGCAGGAGAAAAAGAGGGAGGAGGAGAGAAACAGAGGGAGGGUGUGUGUGAGAAAGAGAGACUGUAGGGAAGACUAGCUUGGAGGAAGAGAGCAAAAAAGGAAGGGUAAAAGAGAUAAGGGGGCUAAACGAACAACAGGAUGGCAGAGCCGGAGCUGAAACCAUGGAACAGCCAGGAGAGCUUGAAGACGGCAACCGAGGACCAGGAGAAGAUGGAGGCUGAGGCAUCUCCGGACAACACUGACCAGCCUCCGGCGCAGGACAAGCUUCCAUUCAAACCUGCCUCCCCAUCCACCCCUACCCCUACGGCUGCUGAUGCCAUGGAAGCCACCACCCCUACCGCAGAGGCCUCAUCCCCAGCCAAGGCGGCAGGCGGCAAGAUUGAACUGAAGCGCAGCAUCACGCUCUUUAACGGUGUGGGCAUGAUCAUUGGCACCAUCAUUGGCUCAGGCAUCUUCAUCACACCCACCGGGGUGGUUAAGGAGGCGGGCUCGGCCGGUCUUUCGCUAGUGGUGUGGGCCGUGUGUGGUGUGGUGUCCACCAUGGGCGCCCUAUGCUAUGCCGAGCUGGGUACCACCAUUACCAAGUCAGGCGGAGACUACACCUAUAUCCUGGAGGUGUACGGUGAGCUGGCCGCCUUCCUCAAGCUGUGGGUGGAGAUGCUGAUCAUCAGGCCGUCCUCCCAGUACGUGGUGUCGUUGGUGUUCGCCACCUACCUGCUCAAACCCCUCUACCCAAACUGCAGUGUGCCCGAUAGUGCUGCAAAGCUCAUCGCUUGUCUCUGCCUCACAUCGUUGACCUUCGUGAACUGCAUCAGCGUGCGGGCAGCCACCAAGGUCCAGGACUUGUUCACUGUGUCCAAGCUCCUGGCCCUGAUCAUCAUCAUCAUCUUCGGCUUCAUUCAGAUCGGAACCGGUGAUGUGCCAUACCUGACACCAGAAUUAGCAUUUGAAGGCAGCAAAUGGGGAGUCGACAACAUUGUGUUGGCUCUAUACAGUGGACUCUUUGCUUUUGGCGGAUGGAAUUACCUGAAUUACGUGACAGAGGAAAUGAUCAAUCCAGAGAGAAACCUGCCCCUGUCCAUCAUUAUCUCCAUGCCCAUUGUGACCGUGGUGUACGUACUGACCAACCUGGCCUAUUUCACCACUAUCCCCCCGAGUGUGAUGGUUGAGUCCGAGGCAGUAGCUGUGAUAUUUGGGGAAUACCAUCUUGGUGUGAUGUCCUGGCUCAUCCCUGUCUUCGUGGGCCUGUCCUGCUUCGGCGCUGUCAACGGAAGCCUGUUCACCUCGGCACGGCUGUUUUAUGCUGGCGCUCGAGAGGGUCAGCUCCCUGCUGCACUGGGAUUGGUCCACACUGACCUCUUCACCCCAGUGCCCUCCCUAAUUUUCACAUGUUUCCUGUCCAUGCUUUACGCCCUGUCCAGGGACAUCUUCUCGGUUAUCAACCUGUUCAGCUUCUUUACCUGGUUGUGUGUGGGCAUGGCGAUCGCCGGCUUGCUGUGGCUCCGCUGGACCAAGCCAGAGCUCAGGAGGCCCAUCAAGAUUUGGUUGGUGGUCCCUGUGGUGUUUGUGCUGGGCUGUGUCUUCAUGAUCGUGGUGUCCUUCUGGGCAGCUCCCUUCGAGUGCCUGAUAGGCAGUGGGAUCAUCCUCACUGGUAUCCCCGCCUAUCUUCUGGGGUACAAGUGGAAGAAGCCCCACAUUGUAAAGAAGAUCUUAGAGAUCUUUACUCUGUUCUGCCAGAAGAUUUUUAUGUCCGUUCCAGAAGAACGUGAAGAGAAGGAGUCAGCUGAAGUAGCUGAAGAAGUCGAAACAACAAAGGAUGACUGAGUCAAUGUUUUAGUUGGAACAUUACAUGUUUACAGUCAUUGUUGCUUUUGUUACAGAGUUCCAUGACUCUUGGUAAUGUAGGGGUUUAUGCGAAUUGCUUCGGUGUACAUAUUUUGUAUUUUACAUGCAUUUUCUUACUGUAUUGUCUCUUUGUAUUCUCUCCAGCAAUUCAAUUCCACUUUUCAGUGAUAUAGUUUACUUUCAAACUUUUUCACAUUUUUCCUAAACUAACCUUUUUUACAUUUCAUAUGUUGUAACCUAUUUUGCACAGUAUUCAAUAGGCCUGAAUUAAGCUAAAAAGGAAAAUCUAUUUAUAUUAACAAAAGUCAUAUAUGUGUUGGUAUGUUCUCUAGACAAUCAUCCAAUCAUCUUUGAUAAUGCGUACAAUACCCUGCUUUGUCUUAAAACGGUCUUCAUCGAACUGAAGAUAAUUUCAUAUUUGACUUAUGAAUUAUAUAACUAUUAAUCCCCACUUCAACUGACGGUAUGUCUUUAACUCAGUGUAGUUGAAGGAACUAGCUACUGGUUACCUAAGUUGAUUGAACAAUGGCCAUCAAUCUGUGAUAAACCCAUUAUUUUAUUCAGGUAACUCAUACCACACAUUCUGUAAACUACCUUAAUUUCCCUUUGACAUGAUUGCACUCAUGAUAACAAUUAAGAUUUUAACAUCUAGUUGUGCACUGUAUUGCUACAAUCAAUUUUAAAUCCAUUGUUUGGAACACAGUUAUAUCCCAUUCUCAAAUUCACUUUGAAACAUUUUCAAAUAAUUAACUUAUUUAUUCGACAGAUUACUAUUUGAAGCACAUUUGUGCAAAGUGGAUUUCUGAUAUGAUAUCUGAUGUGUUGCCUUAAGAUUGAUGUCACACAAAAACAAAACACCUAAUGGCACUAUUACAAUCCAUAAUCCUGAAGCAUUACAGAUUUAGCAUUAGAAAUGUGAAGGUAAUUUCUGAUUGAGCCGACAUAUCCAGAUUUUACCAUGAAUGCCAUCCCUGCCAAUACGGGAACAUUGCAUUUACAUUUUUGUUGGGCUUUAGCACUACAUUUACGUGAUAUGUGUGGAAUAUAGCCUUAAUGAAAUUCUGGAGGCACAAAAUAUUAGCACAAACAUGUACAUGUUACUGAAUUAUGGACACAAUGCAGUACAGAAUGUUAACUGCUUCAAUUAUUCUACUUUUUAAAAAUCCUCAUUGAAUUCUUGAAUCGCUGGGAAAGUAGGGACAAUAGCACAAUAGGUCACUGCACUUACAGAAAGCACAAACGGUGAAGUAACUUGACAGGCACAGAGUUUACAGAUAGAGUAAACAAGGACGUUUAGGGAAUAGGGACGUUUAAAUGGAUUACUGAUUGCUUUGUCUUGUAAGAGUAUAUUCAUGACUGCCAGCAUGAAGGAGAAACUGUCGGGGUACCUUCAUAUUUUUGUGGCCCAAAAUGCACCGCACAACAUAGUUCAGGUGUGUACAUAGUCUUGCGUAUUAUGUACGAUAAAGCCUUUGAAUGUACUGAAUGUUAUGGUAUAAUACAUUUUAUUAUUUGAAUAGGAAGAAACAAUUGUACCUCUGUCAGUUAUUGUGACUUAAAUGUCAGUGACCAUGGCGGGUAUGUACAAUAACCAUUAAACUAUUUUUGUUCAAAAGGUCUGUGUCUUUGUUGCGAAA